UGGGGGAGCGGGAAGAGGAGAGGAGAGGGACUCCACUGUCCAGGCCGCUGUGGGGAGCGGGGCCCACCGCGGUGUCUGAGCGGGCGGGGAGACUCGGGGCCGGGGAGCGAGGACAGCAGAUUGACAUCCACAUCCAUCCAUCCAUCGAGCUACAGAGUUUGUGAACUCCUGUCGACAUCAUGGCUGAAAGUGGCGACUGGGGAGGUAAUUCAGUGGCCUCUACAUCAAAGAAACAAAAAGGUGGGAUAUUUACUCAAGUGGGCAAUUUCCUCAAAAGUCUUUGGCCAGGCACCUCGUCAAAGAAAGAUGGUCAGAACACAGGAACAAUGACAGAAAAGCAAAGUGGGAUUAAGAGCGGAGCCUCAAUGGAAUGUGAAACCGCUGAAGAGGAAAGGGAACAAUGUCCAUCCAGAGGGAGAGGAAUAGGAGAUGUGGUUCACGGCCCUGGAACUGACCCAAGUGGCGAAAUCCAUCAUGAUCGAGAUUCAUCAAACAAGGAAUCAUCGAGUCUCAUUCAAGGAGCAGAUGUAACGCCUACAUUCUCUGAGCUCGUGACACAGUGGAGCGACUGCCAAUUGUUCCAACUGACAACAUUCUAUCUGGAGAGACUAAAACAGGUGAUUGAAGAAGAGGUUGAACAUCUCAGCUUCAUGAUGAAACGGGAGGAAUGUUUCAAUGAACAAGAACACGGGAGUGUCGCUGAGCUCUUGGUAAAGGGAAACCGCAGAGACAGUUCCACACUCUUCCUCAGUCUGGUGAUGGUGAAUGGUAACCGUGCCCGGCGGGUGAUGUGGGAAUCCUUUGUGAAAAUGCAGAAUGAAUUACCAAAGCUGGACAAAAUACUGAAAGAAAUCCAGGAGCUCGGUCCUGAUCCACAAGAAUACAUGAACAUCACCAGACGUUUAACUGAAUUACCCUUUCAUAUGGAAGAUGUUCAACAGAAACACAAGGAGAAUCUGCGAGCACAGACUGAAACACUGAGCGUGAACACCAUCCUGAUGAAUGAGAAGGUUAAGGAUUUCCUGCUGCUUGAUCGAUACGUUGAGCUCACAAUCAUCUCCUCUGUUCGAGAUCGGACACUGGUGGAAUAUGAGCUGCUGGCAAGAGGCCGGGAUCUUGAGGAAUGGCAAGAGAAACAUCUCCGGGGAAAACUGGAAAAAAUCAGGACUGAUCAAUUGUUCCACAGCAGCUUUUCCCGGAGUAAAUCCGGAUCUGUGAGUUCAGCAUCAGUGGCCGGAUUCCCGGGGAUUGGAAAAACAACAAUGGUGCAAAAGAUUGUUCAUGACUGGGCCACGGGGAAAAUAUACCCACAUUUCCAGUUUGUCUUCAGUUUCAAAUUCCGGGAUUUAAACACAAUUGACUGCAGUAUAAACCUGAGGCAACUAAUUCUGCAUCGGUAUCCUUACUUUGGGAAUAUGCUAGGAGAGGUCUGGAAGAACCCAGAGGGAUUGCUGUUUAUAUUCGACGGUCUGGAUGAAUUCAAGGGCAGAAUCGAUUUUGCUGACAGUCGGAGAGACACAGAACCUCAGCACCAGUGCCCAGAUCCUGAAUCCCGGUGUGAAGUGUCUGACAUUGUGUACAGUUUAAUCCAGCACAAGCUGCUCCCAGGGUGUUCAGUGCUAGUGACCACCCGCCCCACUGCGUUACAUUUACUGGAAAAGGCAGAGAUCAGUGUCCGGGCUGAAAUCCUGGGAUUUGUUGGUGAGGAACGGAAGGAAUAUUUCACCAGGUAUUUUGAAGAUCAGACGGUGGCAGCAGCUGUUUUCCAACACGUGAAGGAGAACGAGAUCCUGUACACCAUGAGCUACAACCCCUCCUACUGCUGGAUCCUCGGCCUGACACUGGGCCCCUUCACACAAACACACUGGGACCCGCAGCGAGUUCCCAAGACCAUCACACAACUAUAUUGCUACUUUAUUUACAACAUCCUGAAAAACCACGGCCGUGAGAUUGAGAACCUCCGUGAGGUGUUACUGAGGGUUGGUCAGAUGGCCUUCACUGGAGUGGCUGAGAAGAACAUUGUGUUCACAGAUGAAGAUUUGAUCAAAUACAAUCUGCAGCCUUCCCAGUUCCUGUCCGGGUUCCUGAUGGAACUUUUGGAGAGAGAGGGUUCAGCCCAGAGCGUGGUGUACACCUUCCCGCACCUCACCGUCCAAGAGUUUGUAGCCGCACUCGCACAAUUCAUGACUGUAGAUCGCGGGGAUAUCACGACACUCCUCAUUGAAGCCCAUGGCAUGACAGACGGGCGAUUUGAAGUAUUUCUCCGUUUUGUCGCUGGUCUCUCCUCCCCACGGGCAGCUCGGAUCCUGGAGGAGUUUCUGGGACAAUUCCCUCAUCAAACAAUCUGCCGAGUGAGUGAUUGGGUGAAGGAGGAGGUUAAACGUCAGGCUGGAAACACAAAGAGUAAAGCUGGUCAAAGGAGGCUCCUGAACACGAUGCACUACCUGUUUGAGUCUGAGCAGACACUGGGAUCUUUGGAAACUCUUUCAUUCCGUGGACUGCGACUGACCCCGAUUGACUGUGCGGCCCUGUCUUAUGCCAUCAGGCCCUGUGAUACAAUCAAAGACCUCGAUCUGGAGAGCUGCCGCAUUCAGUGUGAAGGUCUCCAGCGGCUGGGACCGGUUCUGCACAAGUGUCAGCACUUGAGACUGGGAAACACCGACCUGGGAGAUUCCGGAGUGAAACUGGUGUCUGCGGCUCUGAGGAACCCGGACUGUAAAAUACAGAGACUGGGGCUGAACAGUGUCGGUCUCACAGAUUCUGGAGCCAAGGAUCUCGUCUCCGCUCUCAGUACAAUCCCCUCACUGACGUGGCUGGACCUGGGAUUCAACUCCCUCACAGACCAAUCUGUCCCCCCUCUCCGCGUCCUCAUACUGAACCACCCGAGACUGGAGCCGAUCAGGCUGAAGGGGAAUAAGUUCAGUCCGAACGGGGAGCAGGAACUGUCGGUGCCGCAGGAACCCACAUCCGGACUGAACCCAGACCUGGAAACGAGAAUAUCUUGGAAUACAAAAGUCACCGCCCAGUGGAAUCCCUGCCCUCUCCUUUCAACCCCAACGUUUCCCGGGCCGCCCCAAUUGUAGGGCAGAGUCCCCCUUGUCCUCACCUUCCACCCUACCAGUCGUAACAUACAACAGAUUACCCACCGACAUUUUUGCCACCUCUAACAGGAUCCGACCUUUCUGUCCUGGGCCUCCAUGGCCAGAGUGAGGCCCACCGUAAAUUGGAGGAGCAGCACCUCAUAUUUUGCUUGGUCAGUUUACACCCCAGUGGUAUGAACAUUGUCCUAGAUCCCUCUGUUCAACUACAUUCUUCAAUUCCCUACCAUUUACCAUGUAUGUCCUAUUUUGAUUAGUCCUGCCAAGAUGUAGCACCUCACACUUAUCAGCAUUAAACUCCAUCUGCCAUCUUUCAUCCCACUCUUCCAAAUGGCCUAAAUCUCUCUGUAGACUUUGAAACUCUACUUCAUUAUCCACAAACCACCUAUCUCAGUAUCAUCUGUAUACUUACUAAUCCAAUUUACCACACCAUCAUCCAGAUCAUUGAUGUACAUGACAAUUAACAGUGGACCCAACACAGAUCCCUGAGGCACCACCAGGUCUCUCGCUUAACAUUUUUUCCCUGUUGCCAACCGGGUAACUCUGACAGCUUUUUAGGUUGCCAAAUGAUAGUUUAGGUGAUCAUUUAAGACGGUUUGCAUGAUGCGUGCGAUAAUGCACUCGGACGAAGUGCGUAGUUACCAGUCGGAAUUAUGCUCAAUGAAGCAUUCACAUAUUAUGUUCAAGAAGGAACUGCAGAUGCUGGAAAAUCGAAGAUAGACAAAAGUGCUGGAGAAACUCAGCGGGUGCAGCAGUAUCUAUGGAGCAAAGGAAACCCAUCAGUCUGAAUAAGGGUAGGUAUGUUACAAAACCUACCUGAAUCGUCAUUGGGAAUCUGCCCUCAGCCAUGUCCGCGAUUUUGGCGCUGUUUGGAGGGGGCGGGUUUAAAACGCGAUUUUUACUAGGCUGUACUAAUCGCAGAUGUUCAGCCUAGUAAAUCAUUAACGAAAAAUCGCUGCAAGACCCGGUCGCAAAAGGCAUUAUUAGUUUUAUAGGCCUCGAUAAUAUAGUUAUAAUAGUUUUAAAAUUACUGUCUCAUUCCGCAACCUCUCGCAGCCCCAGGGUUUUAUAAAGCAAACAAUUAAAGGUAUGUACCUUAUUUUUUCAUUAAAUGGGGCAUAUAUAUAACCCUGUAAUUAAAGUUAUCUAUAGCGAGUAGUUCAUUUUGGGCUUUUUAUAUCCCGCAGUAUUUUUCUCGGCAUUUGAGGGCACAAAUCCAGCGCGAUGUCAACGUUCUAAACCAGCGCGUUCACAUGAACCCACUAGAAAGCCGAUUUAAAUGGGCAUUUAUUUACAGCAAUUGAACACUAAAUUCCUUCCAUUUGGCCUAUAAAUUAAUGUAAAUUAGAUAUAAAAAUCAUG